AUACCGCCAACAUGUCCAGGGAGACUCCAAACGCAGACUUUGUGUAUCAGCCCGAGUUCAGAGUGAACAACACAGACUCUCCGACUGUGCCCGUUGGUUUGGCAAAUCCCACGGUUGAUCGACUGCUGGACCUGUUCGAGUUUAGCGACAAGGUCCAGCUCCGGGAAAACGACAUCUAUGGCCUGUCCAAGCGCUGCCAGCUCUUCCGUGAUCUCUUCGGCACCAUCUAUGACUCCCGUGGUGGCCUCUAUGUCGAUGCUGUCUUUCAAGCCGGUGGAGAGGAGAAGUUGAGGAGGGUUCGGGAUGCUGUGAGCAAGAUGGAGUCCUUUUUGUAUCCCUACUUCAGCAAGGACUACCACAUCCAGACGCUCACCGGGCUCCUGAGGAGCUACAAUGGCCAGCGUGGCAUUGUCAUCUCCACCGGCAACACCCAUUAUCGGUAUGCCCUCCAUCUGAUUCAAUCCCUCCGCAUGGUCCUCAACUGCACUCUGCCUAUCGAGGUAUUCUACAACGGUGUAAAGGACCUCAGCGCCAACAGAGCCGCGGCGCUGAAAGCGAUCUCGGGUGUCCGAGUUGUUGAUCUCUCCAAGAUGCUCAACCCAGUCGGCAUCGGCGGCUGGUCCAUGAAGCCCUUCAUGAUUCUGUUCUCGUCCUUCAGCGAAGUGAUCUUUAUGGAUGCCGAUGCCCUGUUCCUGCAGGACCCAGCGGUGCUCUUCCAGCAAAAGGGAUACAUCGAGACUGGCGCGGUGUUGUUCCGGGAUCGCACUUUGCUGCUGCAGGACAUUGCCGGAAAGCGGGUCAACUAUACCCUUAGCAUCGUUCCGAGCCCGUCCGACAAGGUUGUUCACGGGCGCCUCUUCCGCAACAUGAGCACGGACGAAGGCGACUCAGGCGUCCUGGUCUUUGACAAGGCCCGAACCUUCCAUGUUCUGCUUCUGAACAGCAAGAUGAACACAGACUACUUCAAGAAGGACUUUUACAAGGCCUUUCAUGGCGAUAAAGAGACCUUCUGGAUCGCAUUCGAAGCCAUGAAGACCCCUUAUUUCAUGAGUCCGAACGGAGGCGGCGCCGUAGGGUUUCUCGAUCCAGACAACAACUAUGUUUGCGGCGGGCUCUACCACCCCGACGAAAACAGACAGCCCCUCUGGUUCAACGGUGGCAUUGUCCCCAACAAGCGCUUCGAAGGCGACGACGCAUUCAAUCUGACACACUGGGCGACAGACUCCACGUGGCACAACGUCAGCUGGAUCACCGAUACGGAGACCAAGCCGAGCUGCAUGAGGCCUGCCAAGUCUGAGGAUAUGGGCUUGCUCAAAGGCCCAUAUGCCGAGGCCGCCAAGGGAAUCAUUCGGGUCUGGAACGAGGUUGUCAGGCCACUGACGACCUGAGACCUUCUUCAACAAGCGGUCAAGUUCUGUAUACUCAGUGCUGAGAGCCUGUUCGGGUUCUUUUCUGUGCUGUCAGCAAGCAUAUGCUGCAGUUUUGUCAUCAAGUCAUGUCAUAGUCUUGGAGCCAUGCAGAGCAGCUCAUCAUGGUUUCAUCACAUCCACAGCUGCAGAGUCCCCGCUGGAGGAGGAGGCAGCGGCGGUGUUGUCCACUUAUUUAUGAAUCAAAUCGAUCUAUAUCGCAUCAUAUCGAGACUGCAUCAGGAGAGCGAGAGCGAAGCAGCCGAGCACCCCAGGGCCAGCACAUACUUUCUCGUUUGAGUGAUACAGAAAGCGCACUCAAGGACAGGGGAUCGUUUCCAAUUGACGCUUUUGCAGCGUAGUUUACAGGCAAUCCAAUAAAAAACGGGACACCCGGGUUUUUGACCAUUCA